UAGUGGUUCAAGUACUCUGAUUUUUUUAAUUUGACAUGCAAACGGAGGCGAGGGUUAGUGUGAUGAUAGAAGGAGGGCAGAGGGCUCUCAGCUCUGGUCAUGGAGGAGUGGUUUCUGUCGAGGGAGGUGCCAGAAAUUUCGCUCCCAAAAAGCAACAGUCGCUUCAGCAAUCGCAGAUUGGGACGGUGUCGCAGCUUCUCUCUGGAGGCGUUGCUGGUGCUUUUAGUAAGACCUGCACAGCACCACUCGCACGACUUACAAUUCUCUUUCAGGUGCAAGGGAUGCACUCUGAUGCUGCAUUGCUGAAGAAAGCCAGUAUAUGGCAUGAGGCUUCACGAAUUGUUCAUGAGGAAGGAAUAAGAGCUUUCUGGAAAGGAAAUCUUGUUACAAUUGCUCAUCGUCUGCCUUAUUCCUCUAUUAAUUUCUAUGCAUAUGAACACUUCAAAAAGUUACUUCACAUGGUCCCAGGUCUUGAACAUCGUAGGGAUCGCAUGAGUGCAGACCUUUUAGUUCAUUUCCUGGGUGGUGGUUUGGCAGGAAUUACAGCAGCAUCAACUACAUAUCCAUUAGAUCUUGUAAGGACUCGCCUUGCUGCUCAGACGAAAGUGGUCUAUUACAAAGGUAUUUGGCAUACUCUGGGAACAAUUUGUAGAGAUGAGGGUUUUCUAGGUCUUUACAAGGGACUAGGAGCGACAAUACUGGGUGUUGGUCCCAACAUAGCUAUCAGUUUUUCAGUUUAUGAAAGCUUGAGGUCUUUCUGGCAGUCUCGUAGGCCUCAUGAUUCCACGAUUUUGGUUAGCCUGACCUGUGGCAGUCUAUCAGGCAUUGCAUCCUCUACAGAGAAACAGGCUGUGGUGCAGGUUCUGCACCAAAGUAUUUAACCAGACUGACCCUAGAGACAGAGACCAGACUGGAGUUAUAUUUUGUUUCGCAUUAUGAAAAUUUUAGUAAGGAAGUUGAUUAAAAAAAAAUUCAUAUUACCAACUUAAUUUUGUUUUAUCACUCAUAAAACUGUUGCGUAAGAUUGGUUUUAGUAGCAGUCUCCCCAAGCAUUGUGGUGGGGAUGAAUGGAGCUUGGCAAUAUUAAUCAUAUACAUAUACUAGAAUAUCAUUUUCAGGUGUGAGAGGUGCCCCAUCUGAGGUAUGCUUCUCACUUGGGCUCCCUUUUACAUUUGUUAAAUGGAUCUGUCAAUCCUUGAAGUCUCAGUAGUUCACCAUGUGUCUCUUUGAGGACUUUGUCAUGGUCUAUUAGUAUGUGUAUGAGGCUAGACCAGUUCUGACUGUGCUUGAGUUAUCUUGUGGAAACUUAGUGCUGAUGCAAACGUGCAGCAUCAUUGUGCAUUUUGCUUGAUUUCUAUUUAAACCAACGUGGUUGACUCUUGUUUAGUGCUCUGUGCAUAUGACUGUUUGUUUGAAGUAUAAAAAUUAAAAUUGA